UGCACUUAUACGUGUUCCAUACUACCGCCACAGUGUCUAGUAGCUACUGAUUGCUGAUCAUUUAAGACUUAUUUCCAAAACGGACACAAUGCGAGCAGAAAAAAACAUGUUUUGAAAAAUAAAAAUAAAACAAAAAUUUAAAGUGAUUGUUUAUAUGCAUUAUUAAAUUUAAAAUUUCUAAAAUAAAAUAACACAAAACAGUGGUGUUUGACAAAUGGAUACGUUCAUGGAUUUAUAUUUCGAGGAGGUGUUUAGCAAUAUAGACCGAGACGGAUUGAACGAAAGAUUCAAGAGGAGAGAAUUGGUCGAAUAUUUUAACACAGUUAUCACAGGAUGCGCUAGAGGUCAAAACGUAUCGGACAAUACAACAUGCAAAAAUUUCGUGCUAUCUGCACUAAGGUAUCACAAUAACUGCAAAACUAACAACGGUGAUGUCUGCCUUAUGGGCAAGUACCAUAAUCUGCUGUACAUUGCCAUGAAAUUGGCUUUUGAUUGGAGCCUACAAGACAAUGGCGUCGUUGCAGCUUUACUUGACGAACUUUAUACAUGUGAGAAAACAUUCGAGAGAAUAUUUUUAGGAGCCAUCUUUGGUACGUCAGCGCCUCACUUUCUAGCUGGUUGGAAAUCAGAUUUUGCCGAUAAAGAAGAGAAUGUACAUGCAUUGGUUUUCUUUUUAGAUCAUGCCACUAAUGCUUGCCUUGAAUACACCGAAGGAAAUAUAACAUAUCGUUUCAUAGACGUGCCUUUAGAGAGCUGCGGAAGAGCGUCCCCAGUCAGAGUGGUCAUACAAAUGGGGCUAUCAGAAAUGCUAAUGAUUUUAUUAAGGUUUGGAGCUAGAAUCACAAGUGAAGCAUCUACAAAUCCAGUUGAAUCCAUUUUGGAUAGGCUUAAAGAAUAUAACAGAGUCUAUCCUUAUGAACUUGUAUCUUGUCUAAAGUUAAUAUUACGAGCUACACCCAAAGUGGAAUUUACAGUAAAUAAGCAAGUUUUCGAGGAUUUAGAACUGCCUGAUGAUUAUAAUUAUCAAAGGAGGAUGGCUUUGGAGAAAUACGGUGAAAUUUUGGAGGACCGUUUAAUACCCAGUUCGAGAUGUGGAAUUAGACCAGUAGAGUUGAAACAUCUUUGCAGGUGUUGCGUGAGGGAAUUGUUGUGGCAAAAUUUUGAGCUACCAUUCGGUAUCCAAAAACUUCCGAUUCCGAUUGCUUUGAAGAGAUAUCUUGAUUUGUGUGAAGAUUAAAUUUUAUUGAUGUGA